CGGACCACAUCGCUUCCACUGUACUCAACGGCAGUACUUUUACUCUCAAGUGUUGAACCGUUACCGUUAUCAGAGCACGAGGCUCGUCAAUUCUUGCGUCAUCAUGUGGGCCGUGUGUGCGCAAUGUAUAUAAGCAUUUUCACUUGCUUCCCAUGAAGACAUCGAUGGUUCCCAGCUGCAGGGCUGCUGUCGGACAGUCGUUAUAACAUCCUGGCUGGGAUGAAUUACACAUAUUGGAUUCUUCCUGCCUCCUGCACUGCGUCAAUAGUGCUUGAUAGCCCGAUCUUGCCUCUCGAUUCAGCAUCUAUCCUGGCCUGCUGUUAGUGUCCUGGAGAGCUUAAGUGUCGUCCUUAGUAAAGGGUACACAGUAAACCUGCUCUCUCACUCCAUCCGUUCAUUCAACACUUUGUAACGCUUGUGUCCAUGGCUCAACUUGGCAACAUGGGAGCAUCUCUCAACCUCCAUAUCCUUCUUAUUCUCGGGACGCUGGAAAGUCCCUUUAUCCAUCGGACUGGGAUAAUUUCGAUUUCGUGCCUUUCCUCAACCUCUAUGUCAAGUUGGCCGAACUCUGGUAUUAUGGGACCCACAUUUUUGUCCACUUGCUGGGUUACAUUUUACGGAUUAUUCACCGCACUCUGUCGAUGUCCCCACUUGCAAGGCCUGCAUAUAUUAGUGGAUGUUGUGAAAAUUGACAUUAAUCCUACAGCCAAGUCAUUUCAACAUGCCACCCUGGGAACAUCGGGCCUGCUCAGCUCUCUUAUUGAGGAUGCUGAAAGGCUGUCGUUCGCAUCAUUUUCCACAUGCUCCCUUGUGUCAACCAAGUUAUUUACCAUGGAUAUCCGUCGUGGACCGAAGUGAACCGACAGCCUGAUCUGUUCGCGGUUCAUGGCGACUGUCGUAUCACAGAAGCAAAUCAGAAUAUCCCAGCCUUUAUGAUUAUGGGAGUGCCAUUGCGGAAAACGUAGAGCUGGACGUCAAGUAUCCGGAGGUUAGGUGCUUGUUAGGUGCUGGUGGUUACUACACAGGGUCUCUUCCUAUGAAGCUAGUAAUAGUACUUUGAAUGCUUAAUGUCUAACCGUGCCAACACAUCCAGUUUCACGAUUU